GCGACGACAAGCAGGUGUCACUUUGUCAGAUCAAUCUGAGGAGGACCAGCAAGCUGUAGCCGUGGUCAAUCUGCGUCAGCAGUGCCCCGCGCUCAUCCCCGCGGGAGAUGCCAAGCGCCACGAAGCCAUGCGCAAGAUGCAAAGAGCGACAUGAGAAGUGCGAUGACCAGCAACCCCGUUGUAGUAGAUGCGAGAAGCGCAACGUUGAGUGCUUUCGUCCUGAACGACGACCUUCCUUCCGCCAGGGUUCUACUGCCAACUAUGACGGGACCUUCUCCCGGGAGCAGCGCUGGGUGAACAGUCGACCUCGAGCUUUCCGAUUCGACAGUCGAGCGCCGAACAGCACUCCUGCACCGACCCAGGAGAAGGACAUCAGCAACGACUCUCCCGCCAGUCAUGAGCCAUCGUUACCAGAUACUCGGGUUGCUACGAGUGCCAGCUUACACGAAACUGUUCGAAAUCUUCCCGAGGAACCGGCGCUCGUGAACCAUGAUAGAGGUGUCGAAGACAUUCUACCACCGCCAAUACCGACGCCUUCUAAACGUCGAAGAACCGAGCCUGCGCCGCAAGAUGGUGGGCACUUCUUUCCUGCUUCGCCAGCAGGGUCAGGAGCAUCGGGUGCUUCUCCCUGGUCAAAUGCAGCUUUGUCAACUGGGAGAGUGCGAUUGAGAGAAGAUGAAGUAUCGAUACACAGUCCUCAUACCGUACCUCAAAGCGUCGACCACUUUUCUCCUUCCGCCGGGAGUUAUCACACCACGAACCAAGAUCAUGAUCUCGUCGGGAGUAUACCAAACGCUCCACUACCCGAGGGCAUCCAAGAAGCUUGUCUACUACGAUAUUUUGUAGAAGAGCUAUCUCAAUGGUUCGACCUCUGCGACGAAGAGAGGCACUUCCAGCUCGUCGUUGUAAGGCGCGCACGCUCGUGCCAGCCCCUACGCGACGCCAUCUUCGCCGUCGCAGCACGCCAUCUAUGUCGACAUCCCAAGUUCCGGUCAGAGCCAGGGGGCGGUGGCGUCGUUGUCUACCAGCGCCAGCUUCUCCCUGACCUGACGCCGCAGAGUGCCUUCGAGUAUAUGCUCCGUUGCAUACCCGCACUGCACGAGGUCUCAAGCACGCAGGACGAGGAGUACCGCGAGAACCUGGCCGCCGCAGCGCUUAUUCUUCGCCAGUUCGAGGAGAUGGAUCCCGAAGAAUCCCAAAGCGCGCCGAGUUCAGAUUUUGGGACCGCGAACGGGGACGGGAACGGGACGAGUUAUGGCAACGCGAAUAGCAAUGUCAACUUUAUCGAUAUCACAAAGGCAAUUUUGAGGGCCGCUCCGUCAUCGCGAUGGUCUGGACUUUUGAGCGCUGUGUACUGGGUAGCGGUGAGGCAGGAGAUUUACUUUGCGCUCACGCUGGGGCGAUCACCUCAGAUCACGGCAAGGCCGGAUCAGGGCCGUGAAGUGUCGUUUGCCAAUCGGUUGAUAUGGUUUAUGUCGGAGGUGGCCAAAUGGAAGAUGGGAGACAGGAUUGAAGGGGAAUGGGAGAGACUGAAAGUUGAAGAGGGUAUUCUUGCAGUCGAAUGUACACGGCAGUUUAUACCCAUAUUGCAGAGGCCAGCGGACAGGUCUCAGGGCGAAAUAUUCCCCUUGGUCUGGUACGGCUCUGAUGUGGAAGUUACUGCGCUACAGCAUUUCAUCUUGGCUAGGAUGAUUCUCCUAGCCGAAGAUCCUAGCCUACAUGGACAAGUCUCCAAUAGGCGAGCGCAUCGAGAGGCCGAACAUCAAGUCCGAGAAAUGACAUUAGAGCUAUGUGGUCUAGCUAUGCAUCAUCUGAGAGCACCGCCAAACUUGACCACAGCAGGUAUAGGGAUCAUGUUAUACGGGGACUAUUUCAACGACCAGUGGGAGAGAGCGGCAUUGGUUGGAGUGCUGGAAGAGUGGAAGAGCCAUCACGCUUGGCCUGUGAGAAAGGGGUACCAAGCACUCGGUGCGGACUAUGUCCCAUGA